AUGCCCAACACCUACGUUCUCGACAGCAUCGCGGCUUUACAAGGCGACACCACCAGACUUGAAGCUCCCAACACUUUUAGCUGCCCUCUUUACCUGCCUAAGCCCUUGGACGAAACGAUCCCGGCCGAUCUGGCGAGAUCCCAAGAGAUCUUAAGGGUCAUACGGCCUGCACCACCUACCUUUCCAGGAACCUCGAGUCAAAGUGGCGAGGUUGGUAAGAUCGACUAUUGA